AGAGUAGUGUUUUUGUUGAAACACUUUCUUUUCUUUAAAUUAAAGUCUUAUCAUUUUUUAAUGCAUGGUGUCAAGUUUAUGUUACUUUGUGACAAAUGGAGGGUCCUUAGUUUUGUUUCUUCUCUUCUUUCUCUUUGUUCUUCUCUCAACAAUUCUCUAAUCACUCUCACUCUUCUUCUUCUUCUUCACCCUUCUGAUAUUGCUCAUUCUUCAGGUUAUUGAAAGCUUUUUUCUUGUUUGAAAGUUUGAAUUCAUUGUGAUGACUCUACCAAGGCUAGGAAUAGGGGAUGAUGAAGGUGAAAGCAAUGUUACUUUGUUGGUUUCUUCAUCAGCCUCAAUGGAAAAAAGUGUGUGUUUGAAUUUGAAUGGUCCAAAACCAAAAGAGUUUAACUACAUGGGGUUAUCAUGUGAUUCUUCAUCAUCAGUGGAUAGUUUGGUUACAAAGAUUCAAUCUUUUGAAGAUGGGGCCAAAAGAAACUUGAACCUUAAAGCUACUGAGCUUAGAUUGGGACUUCCAGGCUCAGUGUCUCCUGAAAGGGAUUCUUCGGAUCUUUGUUUGAGAAGUUUUGAUGAAAAGCCUCUUUUUCCUUUGCACCCUCAAAAAGAUGAAUCAAAGCAUGCUGUUUUAGGUAACAAAAGAGGGUUUUCUGAUGCCAUGAAUGUUUUCUCAGAGGGGAAAAUGAAGCCUGGCUCCAAUAUGCUUGAGAAUGUUGCGGCGCUGCAAGGGAAAGGCACUGAAAUAGCAACAGUUCAGGUUGGUCUUGAGAGGCCGAACGGUGUCGGUGAAAGCAGACCAAAUCUUAAUGGUUCUGCAAAUAAUGGAAAUAGCAUUGCUCCAGCUACCAAGGCACAGGUUGUUGGUUGGCCUCCAAUAAGAUCAUUUCGCAAAAAUUCCUUGACAACUGCUUCAAAGAACACCGAAGAGGCUGAUGGAAAACUGGGAUUAGGAGGCGCCGUGUUUGUGAAGGUUAGCAUGGAUGGUGCUCCUUAUUUGAGAAAAGUAGAUCUGAAGAACUACACUGCAUAUUCAGAACUCUCUUCAUCUCUUGAGAAGAUGUUCAGCUGUUUCACCAUAGGACAAUGUGAAUCUCAUGGAAAUCAGAUGCUGAAUGAAACAAAGCUGAGAGAUCUGCUUCAUGGGUCAGAAUAUGUUAUUACUUACGAGGAUAAAGACGGUGACUGGAUGCUUGUCGGUGAUGUUCCUUGGGAGAUGUUUAUCGAUACAUGCAGGAGGCUAAGGAUCAUGAAAAGCUCCGAAGCGAUUGGUCUAGCACCUAGAGCAGUUGAAAAAAGUAAAAGCAGGAACUAGGAAGUAUCAAUAAUGGUCACACAUUCUAUCCAUAUAUCUAUGGUGUGAAAAUGGUUAUGUGAAGCUUUUAUUAUUUUUUAUUAUUGUGACAAUUUAUAUAAUCCUAAGACAUGUUAGUGUGAAAGAUUCUUAUAUAUCCUGUUGUGAAGGAUUAGUGUGUGAAAUAUUGUGAAUUGCAUUAUAUAUCUAUAUAUAUGUGUGUGGUUUUGUGUGAUGAAAACAAAACUAUAUAUAACUUAAUAUGGAAUGUAACUUUUACA